CAAACCGCCAAUUCUGAAUAUCCUCGAACUUUUCCAACGUCAAACUUCACGAAGGUCAACACCAAGACAACCGACAUCAUGCCCCCAAAGAAAGUCGUUCGUCCCGCCCAGGAGAACAUCUCCCUCGGCCCCCAAGUUAGAGAUGGAGAACUCGUUUUCGGUGUUGCCCGUAUUUUCGCAUCAUUCAACGAUACCUUCGUCCACGUUACUGAUCUUUCCGGCCGCGAAACCAUUUGCCGUGUUACUGGAGGGAUGAAGGUCAAGGCCGAUCGUGACGAGUCUUCCCCAUACGCUGCUAUGUUGGCUGCUCAGGAUGUCGCUACCCGUUGCAAGGAGUUGGGUAUCAACGCUCUGCACAUCAAGAUCCGUGCCACUGGAGGUAACGGAACCAAGACCCCAGGUCCAGGUGCUCAAUCAGCUCUUCGCGCUCUCGCUCGUUCAGGAAUGAAGAUUGGCAGAAUCGAGGAUGUCACCCCAACCCCAUCCGACUCCACUCGUCGCAAGGGAGGUCGCCGUGGUCGUCGUCUCUAAAUUAUUGGCCUUUCAUACUCUCUGGACUUGGUUUUCGCUGUGGAGAUGACAAUAACGAGGGAGGACGGCAUGAUUUGCCUGGCCCCCAAUUUGCUUUACUUGUCACAUGGUCGCUUUUAGCGCAGCAGUAGAGAAUACAUGAUCCUCGAAUUCUCAAGCA